GUUAAACCAUCCCCCACACAGUAGUAAGACAAGGCACAUCUCUCCUGCUGUAAGAUGCCUAAGUUGAAAAAUGCAGACAUUCCUCCAAGGAAGCCUAAGCUGCGGAAGUGUAAAGGUGGUCUCCAACGGAAGCCUAAGCUGCGGAAGUCUAAAGGUGGUCUCCAACGGAAGCCUAAGCUGCGGAAGUCUAAAGGUCUCCCAAAGAAGUCUAAGAUGAAGACUGUGAUCACCGACUGUCCGCAUUGGAAGCCUAACUUGAAGAAUUCCAGAGAUGGGGGAGCAACACUUAAAACUUCGGGAAGAAGAUUCCGAAAAAAGCCACAGCCCCCAGAGUUUGAAGACAUUGCCGUAUAUUUCUCAGAGGACGAAUGGCGCUUUUUAAAACAUGGACAAAAGAAGCUUUAUCGGGAAGUAAUGAUGGAUAACUACCAAACUGUUCAUUUUUUGGGUUAUAGAAACAAAAAGCCCAAAUUAAUCACAAGCAUUGAACGUGGAAAAAAUCUUUACGUGUCUAAGAGGGAAAGUCCAGAAAAAACUACCCGAUGCAUUCAGAAUGGCUCCAAAUAUACAACAGCUGAACUGGUUAGGUCCCUGUUUACACCACAUGGAUGGGCGGUGGCAGGCCUAAGUUUUGAACCACAUUAUGAAGAGAUGAAUAAAGAUGGAAGACCUUCUGUACGUCCGUAUAAUCUGCGUCACCGUGUUGGUGUGGAAUACACCUCUUUUUACACAGACGAAGACAUAGAGACAAGGGAACUUAAACCUCACCGUAAAUUACAUAUUAAACAGAUUAACGCUUCAGGUGUCAAAUACUUGCAGCAAAGAGUAAAUGGUCGACACUCUUGUUCUGAAUGUGGGAAGAGCUAUAGUCAGAAAUCCUAUCUUGUUAAGCACCAGAAGGUACACACGGGUAUUUCAGUCUUUGUUUGUACAAGAUGUGGUAAGUGUUUCACCCAGCGUUCAAAUCUGAUGAGACACGAACGGACACAUUUAGUGGAAAGACCAUUUACCUGUCCGGACUGUGACAAGAGUUUUAGUGAUGGCUCUACUUUGCUUAAGCACCAGAGAAUCCACUCUGGUGAAAAACCAUUUGAAUGUUCUGAAUGCGGAAAAACCUUUAGCAUUAGCACAUACCUCAUUGUUCAUCAAAGAACUCACACAGGAGAAAAACCAUACGUAUGCAAGGACUGCGGAAAAAGCUUCACUCAGAGCUCCCAUCUAAUUACACAUCAGCGAACGCACACUGGGGAAAAGCCGUAUGCGUGCAUUGAAUGCCGAAAAAGCUUUGCAUCCAGUUCUCACCUCAUUACACAUCAAAGAACGCAUACGGGAGAGAGACCGUACCCCUGUGAAGAGUGUGGGAAGACAUUCAAACAUAGCACACACCUUGUAUUACAUAAACGGACUCACACUGGAGAGCGGCCAUACACAUGUUCUGUUUGUCCUCGUACGUUUGUUCAGAGGCCGCAGCUUCUCAAACACCAAAAGAAGUGUCAUGCAAAAGUGGACAACUUGGACAGCGGACCUUAAUUUAUUUAUUUUCUUUCGUGGUCUUCCUUCUCCAUAUCAAGCUACAAGUAUUCGUGUUCGAAAAACCAUUUUAUACUUGAGAAGGCUUUUUUUCCCCCCUUUUCUUGUUUUGGUUCUGUUGCAGGUUUAUCCGUAUAUGACGAUGCACAUGUUAAAGGGUUUACAAUUCAACGGGUUAAUGUUUUUUGUCCACAUCCGUUCAUAUCUGAAAAUACAUAUCACAAGCAUAGUUUUCCUUAUUGUUUUUGCUAGAUAAGUAAAGCUUAGUUAAGUAAAUGUUUUGUUGUUUUUUUUAUAAAUCAUUUGAUUUAAUAUUUGUGUUUAUAUGGUUGAUGUUCGACAGUUUCAAACAGACAGAGCAGGAAAAUGAAAACACUUCAGUUGUGCAAUGGCUCUCUAAGUGCAGAAGUCGUAUAUCAAGUUGCACAAUGUUUGUCGUGUUUUUUGCAUGUCUUUCCAAUGUGCUUUUGUUGACAUUGCGACAUCAGUCAUGUCACGGACGUUUUGUAAUACAUAAUCCAAAUCACUACUUUUCGUUCAGAAAACAUUCUUCGGCACCAGAAAAAAAAUAGAAUAAACUUCUGUUACAUUAUUACAGUAAAAAAUAAUUGAAAACAAUGCUUGCAAGUAUUCAGCGAGAAGUUAUUAAACUUGAUCCAAUGUUUGGGUUCUCUAAGAGGACACUGGUAUAAAAUUACUCCUAGAGU